GACAAACGCCGUUGGAUUUUGCCGACAAUUAAAUUUCUCACACUUCUGGAGGGUAGAAUGUCAGCAGAAUCGGAGAUAAUACUCGAAGAGGAACAUUCUGUGGACCUGUUCUCAGAUGUGGAAUCGUCGCAAAGUACGAAUAAUGUAGCUAAUUCGGACUCAAGUUCCAUGUCGAUUGGUGUUAACGAGCCUGAACCUUCCGACGAUGUACCUGAGUGGAAGGGCAUGAGUAUGGACGAGAUACGCAAAGGUCUUGGUGUUUACGAUUAUCGAGAACAUCCGCCGAUCGUCAUCGCUCCUCAUCAUACAGUAUUGUUCAUGUUACCAUUGCGUUCACAUGGAGCACCAAAGCCCUAUCCAACGCAUCAAAUAGACAAAUGGAGCCAGGGUUAUGUACGAAUGCCACAUUCUGCGCAUAGUUUGUAUCCAAUAGAGCAGAAAAGUGGAAGUCGUUGUUGUCGAAAUAGAUGGGAGAUGAUCCAGGAAGCUUUGCUGAGGAGCAUUCUUUCUAGCCAACAGUUAGAAGAGGCUAUACUUUCAUACAAUCAAAUAUAUGCACAGCGCUGGAAUUUUGCGGCGCUCCAUCACUUUUUCUCAGAGGUCAUAGACUCGGAAGAGACAACAAUGUUCUUUGAAGUACUGAUGCCAAAAAUAGUCCAACUGGCUUUGCAGCUUCCUGUGCUGUUAACCGGUGCGGUGCCUCUGUUGAAACGACAUAGCAACGAUUCCAUCAGUUUAAGUCAAUUACAAGUAGCUUCGCUACUGGCAAAUGCAUUUUUUUGUACAUUUCCUAGACGCAAUUCCAAUAAUCCGCAAUCGGAAUACGCAACGUAUCCUUAUAUUAAUUUUAAUAGAUUGUUCGCCGCCUAUAAUGAAAAACAAAGUGCGAAUCGAUGCGAUUCGGUGAUGGAAAAGAUUAAAUGUCUUCUCCAUUAUUUCAGAAGAGUCACAACUAAAGCACCUGAAGGUAUAAUAACAAUUGAACGACGUUACAUUCCGUUGGAAAACUGUCCAAGAUGGAAUUUGCAAGAACAAAAAUUACCACCGUUACAUAUAACGAGUAAAGGAACCAUUGAAAGUGAAGGAGCUGGGUUGCUUCAAGUGGACUUUGCAAAUAAAUAUGUGGGUGGAGGUGUGCUAGGCUUAGGCUGCGUGCAGGAAGAAAUACGAUUCGUUAUAUGUCCAGAACUUAUGGUCACUAUGUUGGUUACGGAGGAAUUAGAUGAUACGGAAGCACUUAUCGUCAGCGGUAUCGAGCGGUACAGUAAAUAUGAAGGGUAUAGCAACACUUUCAAAUGGAAAGGAGAUUUUGUUGACGAGACACCGAGAGAUAUUAGUGGUAGACGUAUGACGUCAAUCGUUGCUAUUGAUGCCCUUUACUUCAAGCAAUCCUCUUUGCAGUUCAAUAUGGACAACAUAAAACGUGAACUCAACAAAGCUUAUGUAGGAUUUGUCGGAUCUGAUAUCUAUAAGAACAAUCUGCCCGCUAUCGCAACGGGAAACUGGGGAUGCGGCGCGUUUCGCGGAAAUCCGAAAUUGAAAGUUUUGAUACAAUUGAUGGCUGCUGCAGUUGCAGGUCGAUCGAUGGUCUAUUUUACUUUCGGAGACACGAAGUUGCGGGACGAUGUGGCAGCGAUGUACGCACAUUUGGUUCAUCACGAUAUUGAUAUAGUGCGACUUUAUUCAAUGCUGUCGGAGUAUCGUCAAGAAUCAGUGUCAAACACUCAUUCGGAUUUUUAUUGUUUCUUGUACAACAAAAGUAGGAUGAAACCAUUAAGCAAAUAUUUCCUGACAAAGACUGAAAAUUCUUCACCGAAGAUUUCUACCAAGAGUCUAAAGGAAACGCUAUUUAAAAGAAACAAAACCGCAACUUUAUCAAAUAAAGAAGUCGAUAACAAGCGAUAUCUUUAUUCGACGGCUAAGGAGAAGGAAAUGGCGGAGGAGAAAAAGAUAAUGAAUUGGUUGACAAGCUGCGAGGACGAUAGCAACGACAAUGCUAAGCCCGAUAUCAAGGAUACAUGUUAUGAGAAAACUAAGAAUAAUCCAAGAGAAGCGGAUAGUAAAAAAAACGACAGUUUCCAGAACAAUCAUUUUGCAGAAAACACUGCCGAUGGAGAAAAUAUACAAAUGGAAGAGGAGGUAUCAAAUAAAUUAGAUAACAAUGUAAAUUCCUCGAAUUCGAAAGAGCCGAUUAUUUCAUGUUUCGUCGACAAUCAAGGAACAUCGAAGAAGAUGAAACCUGAAUUAUCGAUAAAAUCUACGGAAUUAAGUGACAGCGAAUUUAUCAAGAUCUUGAAAGACUCCGCUCUAGAGUCAUGUAAACAAAAGUCACUUCCGAAAAAAAGUGGCCAAAGGAAGAUUUCAGAUUUUUUCCAGCGAAUAUCUUGAAUGCUAUACAAGCGUUUUGAAGCUUGUCAAUUAGCUACCGCGCACUCUGUAAUUAUAAA